GUCUUUCUCCGCCGAGCACCAUUCUUUUCCUAUUCAUUCUUCCACUUUUCCUGCAUUUUCCCUCCUCUGAACUCCACCCAACAAAAGCGAAAAAUCCCAUAUCCAAAGAGGAGCGCCAUGCCCGCGCCACUCGCAAAAGGCCACGACUCCUCUCCCCCCUCCUCUUCCCCACCUCCAGAUUGUCAUUGUUCAUCAUGCCGCCGUCAUCCGACUGCCGCCCGACCUAACCACCCCCUUCAAACAGGCCUCAUCAUCGCCGCCUCGGUACUGGUUGCCGCCGGAAUCGCCAUCUAUGAGUCCCCUCAAGUCCGCCAAUGGGUCGAUGACUCUCGCCGCAAAAUCGCCGUCGCCCUUCACUCCCUCGGCGAUGAACUGCAACCCCGCCGCCCCUCCGAGUCCUCGGAAGACUUUGAGAACAGGAAGAGGGAAGUCGCACGGAGGAAACGCAAUGAGUUGAUUCGCCGCGCGAGGGAGGAGGGCGUAGCUGUCGAUCUGGACGCGCUGGCUGCCAUCGGUCGCGAGGAGGAGGUGGAACUCGCUCAGACACGCCCAAGGCGGAAGACCAAUGCUAGCCAGCGCAGUUUCGACGAUCUCGUGGGAAGCGACGGCAUGCUCAAAAAAGAUACCGAGACAACAGAAAAGGCUAUUGGCUCCGGCACGGCAACCGAAAAUCCAGACGCAAACCUGCGAAAGCGAGGUGUUGCUGGAUUCAUGGCUGGCGCUGCUGCUGUUGGUGGCGACCCCUUCUCCGACGACCACACCCUGUUCGAUCACGACCAAGACAGCAACACCAAGCCAUCCACUCGCGAGUCUACAGCUACCAUCCAAGACGACAGCGAACACAUUCCCUCCGCUACCGCUGGUCAACUCAUCGACGUCACCCCAGAAUCCGUCUACAUGCACCCCGACAACGCCCAAACCGCAUCUAUUCACCAAUCCUCUGCACCCCCAUCCGAAACCGAACAAGCUGCACAGUCCUUUUAUUCCUUUACCUCCGACCACUCUCACAUAGCCGCCGAUGAAGAUGAAGAGCCCGAUGUCUUCUCUACAGGCACACUGACUCCCCGUUCCGAAGCCUCGGCCUUCACGGGCGCCUCUAUCGUCGGUAGCCAGGCCUCUGACAUCGCUAUCCUCGCCAGCAUGCAGAACGAAACCGACGCCGACACGGAGGAUCGCGAUGCCGAUGCGCGCUCCGAAAUCUUCUCCGAAAGCGGCUUUACCGAGGCUGGUUUCUCCGAGGCUGGCUUUAGUGAAGUCGGCGAGAACCGUGGCAUUCUGACCCCGAGUAGCUGGACAGAUGUCGGUAGUGACGAUGAGAGCGAGUGGGGUGGUCCUGCGCAGGGUGGGCAGGUCAGCCAGAUUCAGCAACAGUAAACCCUCUUCUUGCCUAUCUUUUUUUCCCUGUUUCUCUUGUACCUGUGUCCUGCACCCUUCUCUCUUUG